AUGGAACAAAAAAUGAUUGUAGCACCAUCGUCACCAAUGGCUAUGCAUUAUGAACAUCUGGCAUAUCGUGCCACUGCACCAUUAGCACGCACUCGAAGUGCAUUGCAAAUUUCCUUACAGUCAUCUAUGCCACCAUCAACCACAUAUACCAUAUCAUCAUUAUCAUCACCACUAUCAUCACCAUCAUCAUCAUCAUCAUCAUCAUCAUCAGCAACAGCAACAGCAGUAGCAUCAAAUGUUGAAAGUUCAAAUGUUCAGGAAUCUGAAAAAUUGAUUGCAAAAAUGUGCAAUGAAAUACAAAGACGAAUUCCAUUCAAAAAAACUAUGGUAAAUUACAAUAAAAUAUCACAUAAUGCUAAAAUAACAAAUGAUAAUGAUGGAUCGAAAUCAAAUCAUGUAUGUUUAGCAUCAGCAAUACAAACUAAUUGCUUACCUUUGCAACGUUCCACAAAUUCUUCUUCCAUUAUUAAUUCAUCCUUCAAAGAAAGAAUGAAGGGAAAUAUAAGGAAUGAUUAUGAUAAUGAACAGUUUAAAUAUUAUUCAAGCCAAAGCAGAAAUUCUGAUACAACCGGCAUUUUUACAUGUCCGGAAAAAUGCUUUAAACGACGUGUCACACGACAAGCUUCAUUCUUGGCAGCCGUUUCAGCGGGUAAUUCUCAUCGCGAAAUACGAUCUGCUUCCACUCAUGAUUUACGAUCGAGUUUGAAUCAUUCAUGGCAUGAUGCUGCUGGUAGUACCACUCAUUUAACUUCAUAUUACGCUAAUGCAUCAAGGUCAAAUGAGUCAUCUUCAACUGCCAUGCAAUCAUUUUUCGUACAUACCUCGGAUAGCAAUAAAAUCAAAAAUUAUGCAAAUCUUUCACAACAUUCAGCUUAUUAUAUUGCUUCGGAAAAUAAAUUCCUGAAUGAUAAUCGUUGUAAUAAUUUCAUUGAUCAGGAACGGCAAAUUAUUAAGAAAAAUUUAAAUAUUCCACAAAAUUCACAUUCGAAUACUGCAAAUAUGUGGCGGCGACAACAUUCGAGCAAUAAUGAAAAUUCAGCAUUAACGAAGCCGACGAGUACAAAUUUACCGGGUGCGGUAAAAGUAACUGAAAAUACGGAUUAUAUCGCCCGGAAACAUCUUGCACGAGCAACCUCUGUGGAGGCAUACGGUAAGUAUUUUUUCUGCUUGGACACUUUAGUUGUACUACCUUGUGCCACUAAUGCUAUAGCAUAA